AUGUCGUGCCCAAACUGUUUCCGAGGCCAAAUCCACAAAGGCCCAACCAAGGGCAACGUCAUCAAACUCUACGGACUCGACACAUACGUGAGCGAGCCGCCAAAUGGAAAGGCACCCAGGGGUAUUGUCGUCAUCAUUCCCGAUGCUUUCGGCUGGGAGUUUCCAAAUAAUCGCAUCCUGGCCGACAAUUACGCCGAAAAAGGCGACUUCAAGGUCUACUUGCCAGACUUUAUGAAUGGCCACGCCGCACCUGUAUCCAUGCUGUUCAGCAUCCAGACCGCACUAGCCCCUGGCAGUCUCUUCACGCGCUUCAUCGCCAUAAUCCGAACCAUCUUGGUUGUAGUCCCCUUUUUCAUCCACUGCGCCCCAAGGCGGACAUAUUCCGGCGUCAGAGGCUUCUUCGAGCAACUCCGCAAGGAACAGGGUCAGGCGCUGUCCAUCGGCGCGGCUGGCUUCUGCUGGGGCGGCAAACACGUAGUCACUCUUGCCCACGGCGCCCAAAUCAACGGCCAGCCUCUCGUCGACGCCGGCUUCACUGCUCAUCCCAGCAUGCUCAGGUUGCCGUCUGACGUGGAAAAGAUCAAGCGUCCAGUGUCAUUUGCGUGUGCAGAGGACGACAACCAAAUCUCGCUCAAGCAGGCCGAGCAGAUCAAGGCAAUCGUCACAGCCUUCCCGGACGCGUACAAGGGUGAACUCCGUGUUUACCAAAAGACAAGUCAUGGAUUCGCGGUGCGCGCUGACCUCAAGGUCCCGGAUGUCGCGGCACAAGCGGCUGCAGCCGAAGACCAGGCCGUUGCAUGGUUUACGUCUCACUUCUAG